GAGACUUUCCUGGUGUGUUUGGUGCCCGAGGUCAGAGUGAGCGGUGUGCGGCGUAACAGAUGCCGCACGGAGAAAUAAGCCUUUAAUACCCACAGGACUCGGGAAGGGGCAACUACACUCAACUCACAUCAGCGACUUAAGUGAAACCCUUCACGCAACUCUCGCAGUCUCCGGUGGUGUCCUCGGCGUCGCGGUUCUGAGAAGAAAUUGCAUCCUCACGCUCAAACUGGCGCGCAGGGAACACGCGUAUCUGUUGCACUGAAGAGCAUCCUCGGAGUUAUCCACCUGAGUGGAGGGAGAACCACUCUCAUGGCAUGCUUGCCCAUUUGUUUACUGGAGCCAGGUGAAUGGUGAUUUGAAGUGGUCGUUACAGCCUUGGAAUAGCGCUACAGGACACCUUUAACUGCCAUGCCGCCCAAAAAGAAGGGAGAGCAUAAGGACACAGAUGUCGUUGAGGAAAGAAAUGCCCAGGUGCAGCUGGAGAAAGCAAAGUACAAGCCUGUGGCAUUUGCUGUACGAUGCAACUUCUCUUACACGCCAGCAGACGAUGACAACGUCCCUGUACCAGGCCAGGCUGUCACUUUUGAGGCCAGGGACUUCCUACAUAUCAAAGAGAAGUUUAACAAUGACUGGUGGAUCGGACGGCCGGUGAAGGAGGAUGGUGUGGUGGGCUUCGUCCCCAGUCCAGUCAAUCUGGAAACCAUUCUUAUCCGAAGAGAAGUCCAAGCGAGGAAAGCUGCCAAGGCAUUAGCCAA